GGAUGGAUGGAUGGAUGGAUAUACUUCGCGGACAAUGCAGAGAAUGACGCAAAGUAUGGCACGGAAUUCCAUAUUAAUGGCUCAGUGUGUAUGUGGUGAAUGGACCAAAUCAAGCGUUUACUUUGGUGUUCCGUGUUCAAAGAGCACAAACCGAAUGAGGAGAUGCUGCACAGUUGAGUCCACAUCCUCGACCAAGCACAGCAAAUGAUUAAUUCAGCAAAGGAGGGGGGGGCGUUUUUUUUGACGAGCAUAUCGGCAGCAUCAGCCCCCAUUGCGGCGUACGACGUACAUCUGGCAUCUUACGGAGCAGACGAGACCGGAACCAAAUCGCAGCGAAAUCAAAUGGACGCCAAAACACAGAUCGACCUGGUGUGGAAUCAUCGACUGGGUUCCAUGGAAUUCGACCAAAGGACUUUGAGGAUGCAGUUUUGAGAAUCGCAGUGAUGCUUCUGGUCUGGUUUGAGCGCGUGGAGCUUCACAUAAGUGCACAUUUCAUAAGGGAGCAGGAAAGGCGAAGAUCUGGCCAGUCCCUCUGAAGCCAUCCAGCCCAGGAGCUUUCGCAGAUUCCCCACUGGAUCACUGGACAAUGGGGUGUGGGGGCAGCAGGACAGAUGCCUUGGAGCCCAGGUACAUGGAGAGCUGGACCAAAGAAACCGAGUCCACUUGGUUAACGAGCACAGACACGGACGUUGCUUUGUCCUCCAUCCAGAACAUCCCUUCGGAAAAUUCCUCAGAGUCGGGCUUCGCAUCGGAGAAGAACCUCAACUCAGUUUCAGAUUUCUUCGAUGAGGGGCUCCCAGCUCCAGCUCAGGCUUAUCUGAAGGUGUGUCCAGCCAUAUCUGAGGCCGGCCGAAAUGAGGUGAAGACAGGAAGUAACAAUACUUCACAGGACCAAGUGGUGGCGCCCUCUCCGGGCACCACUUUACAGAAGAGAGUCCUGUGUACUGAGGAAAUCACCAAGUGGCAGGACAACCGGAUGUCCUCCAAGCAAGUGACUAUCACUGUCACGAAGAGCAUUAGGCAAGUGGACAAGAGCGGGAAGAUCAAGGAGACGUCCCACACCACCUUCGAGGUCAUGAAGCCAGCAGAUGGGCCCACAGAGACAGUGGCAGGCAAGGGCAUGAAGUGACAUACUCACUAAAGGAAGGCGACUAUUCCUAGGGGUGUAAUUCUGAUAGACUCCAAGUGUCACCCCUCCCACACCCCUUAAAAUGUGCUGUCACCUUGGAGCAUGUCAUGCUGCAGGAGGGACAAUGAUGUGAACAACCGAUUCAUUAUUCAUUGUUAUUUUCCCAUUAAACAACUGCAACUUAUAAAUCUUGUACAUUACGGAAUAAGCACUGAUAAGCUGCUUCACGGAGACGUCUUGACGUCAUGUAAAUCAGAUAUUUACGUUACCAGGCAGAAUUAUGAUGCAAUUACGUUAACGUGAUUAAAUGAUAUAUUGUAAUAACGUAAUUUCAAAGACAACAGAAUUUAUAUUAAGCAUAAAUGCGUCAUCCAGGGUGUCUCAUGAGCUUCCUGGGAUGAGCUGCAGGUUCACUGGGACCAUCUACUGGAGAAGGGAGGUGGAUGGACGAAUGCAUUUAAAAGUAUAUAUAGAAACUGGGCUGAAUAACAUUCUUCCUAUAUUCCCAGCACAGUUAUGUAUAUUACCGUCUUCCAGGUUCUAUUCUGUAGUAAAUGGAAUUUUGCGUGUCAUUUCCUAUAAUUCUGUAAUAACAGCUGGGGCAUAUUUGAAAUGCAGCGUUUAGUAUAACGUACUUUCAGCAACACCUGCAGGGCAUUUACUCAUAAUAAAAACGGCAUUUAACUCUCAAUCAAAUGCUGGUGGGGUGUACAGUGCCAAACUGCAAUUGCCAGUGAGGAAGGGCAGGUUUUUACUUCUGCAGACGGGCCUUAAAAAGGGCAUGCGACUGCAUAUACAAACACAGAACCUGCGAUGCAACAGAUGCGGGUCAUUUGCAAUGAAGAGCAAAGCUCAUUGAUGUUUUAAAGUUACAUAUUUGAUUUCUCAGCAAUUCCUGUCUUUUUGAGUUCAGACGAAUGACUCACAGUAUAAUCCUUCAUUCAAGUUCUGGUCCGUCACCGUUAGUCAAAGCAUGGCCACCAAAGACCGUCACUGUCCGCUGCCCAUUUGAGUACGCAGUGGUCCCACUGACCACACAUGCCUUAUGCACAUUAGGUGAACCGUACUUCACGCGAUGUUGGAAUGCUGGCAGCUUUGACAAGCUCCACGUGUAAAAAUUCAUUCUGUUCAAGAUCAACUGCCAAAUCGAGAUUGUACAAAUAAAAUCUUGUGUUUUACUGAAAGAAUGACUUGAAAAAAGCCGUGAAGACCUGCCUUUCCCUAUGGUUUCCUUACCAGAGUAAUACAGUGGUGUGGAAUGCAGACUGGAGUUCAGCCAGAACACAAAAUUAAACAUCACAGAUCAUGAUGGAUAUAGCUGAAGUGCUUAUACCAUAUUCCAGUUAUAGGAGGUAAUGAAAAUUGUAACUUUCAUUCCAACAAUUUCAUAUUACAGUCCAUAAGUUUAAUGUAAAUGAUAAGUAUGAACCAGAAAGUUUUUCCAAAUAUGUAAAUGUGAUUUAUUUACAAUAAAAGUGAAUAUAGCCUAAAACAAUCAGGCCAAUCUUUAA